UUGCCUUUUUAAGGGGGAGUUCCUCAUGACAAUAAACUCGAGAUCAGGGUUUCAUUUUCAUAAGCUCUUUCUUGAGUUAUAAUUUUUGUGUUUCAUCCUAACAUUGGGCCUAUGUUGCUAUUAAUUAAUUAUGAUUUAUUUCUCCAAUCAGUCGCUCCUUUCUGAUUUUGGAUGAUAAAAAAGCAUCUCAUUGGAUGGCAGGGCAGGGCUGUGGUGUCAGGUGAUGCAGCAGCAGCCACUACUCUCUCUCUCUCUCUGUGGAGAAAUCGCUGGUCUCUCAACCCGGAUGCUGUGCCAUGACUAUUGAUCAUUUUGCCCAGUGCGCAGCGCUGUAGGCAGAACAGGGGGGCGGAUAUAUUUCAGUACCCUUGAAGCGGACAGCUCUCCCCGGAUCCACACGCUGGUCACCGCCGGGCUCCAGCAUCCGAGCCUGGAGGGGCAGAGGGGAACCACAAUUCAUAUCUCAAGAUAGAGGGAGGGUGCAGCCGCGACAUUAAAGGCAAACACCUCCUUCUUUCCAGGAUCGUGACCACUUGCACGCCGCUGAAGCCGUAGCGGAAGGGUGAGAAAGAGGGAGGAAGAAAGCAGAAAAAAAGAGGGGAGUAGCAGCAUCACCACAGAGAGAGAGAAAGAGAGAGAGAUGGCUGAGUGCGGGCGGAAGGCGCUGUCUCUCCUGGAAGCGGCCCGCUCCCGGUACGAGAGCCUGCAGAUAUCCGACGACGUGUUCGGCGAGUCCGGGGAUGACAGCAGCGACAAUCCCUUCUACAGCACCUCCGGAGACUCCGACUCCGACAACUGCAUAGCCGAGAUAGGCGAGGAGGAGCACCACCACCACCAUCAUCACCACCAACACCAACACCACCACCAACAAAAGCGGGGCGAUAAGGAGAGCGGGCACAGCGGGGGAGCGGGAGGUGGCAGCGGCGGAACCGGAGCCGGUCCCCCGGGUUCUCUGUCCCGUAGUCAAGCAGAGGAGGAGGGCUGGACGGAGAGUCUGCAGGAUGUCACCGUGCCGCCGUACAAAGAGACAUAUGGCCCUGCUCAGAAGAUGCCGGCCACCGCCACAGCUCUGGACUUCUUCCAGCUCUUCGUUCCAGACAACUGCAUCCAAAACAUGGUCACCCAGACUAACAUGUACGCCAAGAAGUUCCAGGAGCGCUUCGGCUUGGACGAGGGCUGGCGCCCCGUCACUUCCCAGGAGAUGAAGGCAUUCCUGGGCUUCGUCACCUCCACCAGUGUGCACCGCUGUGAGUCGGUGCUCAGCAUCUGGAGCUCGGGCUUCUUCAGCAACCGGAGCAUCGCCUUGAAGAUGAGCCAGGCACGCUUCGAGAAGAUCCUCAAGUACUUCCAUAUCGUGGCUUUCCGGCCGUCGCAAGGAAGCAACCAGGGCCUGUACAAGAUCCAGCCCUUCCUGGACUCGCUGCAGCAGUCGUUCAGCUGCACCUUCAGACCUUCACAGACGCAGGUUCUUCAUGAACCCUUGAUAGACGAGGACCCGGUCUUCAUCACCACCUGUACGGAAAGAGAGCUGAGGAAGAGGAAGAAACGGAAGUUCAGUCUCUGGGUUCGACAGUGCACCUCCACAGGAUUCAUCUGUCAGAUCUCAGUCCAUCUGAAGGAGGGUCAGGGUACAGACGGUCUGGCCACCCUGAAGAACAAGCCUCAGCUCCACAGCCUCGUGGCCAAGCAGCUCUGCCAGAACAUCUCCGGCAGGAACACCAUCAUCUUCACCGGGCCGUCCAUCACCAGCCUCAGCCUCUUCACCGAGUUCAGCAAACAAGAUAUCUUCUGCUGUGGUCUGCUGAGCACCAGGAAGAGCGACUGCACAGGCUUACCCCAGAACAUGCUGGUCUGUGGCUCCACACCAGCACAGCGCGGCCAAUCACGAGUGAUGAUGAAAGGCAGCAUGUCACUGAUCAGCUGGUACAACAAGGGACACUUCAGGUUCCUCACCAACGCUUACCCCCCAACAAAACAAGGUAUGAUCAUUAAGAGAAAAAGUGGGGAGAUUCCAUGUCCUCUGGCUGUUGAGGCGUUUGCGGCUCACCUCAGCUACAUCUGCAAAUAUGACGACAAGUACAGCAAGUACUUUAUCUUCCAUAAGCCCAAUAAGACCUGGCAGCAGGUGUUCUGGUUGAGCAUCAGCAUCGCCAUCAACAACGCAUACAUCCUCUACAAAAUGUCUGACGCCUACACGGUCAAACGCUACAGCAGAGCGCAGUUUGGAGAGAGACUGGUUAGAGAGCUGCUGGAUCUAGACGACUGCUCCCCCACACAGUGAGGAGGAGGAGGAGGAGGGG